AGACUGAUUGGCUGGAGGACCAAGAGAGGGGGGGAGGAGGCAGGGUACGCGCGGGAGAAUCUGAGCGCUUUCUGCCUUCUUUGGGGUCAGGCUUGAAGUCGGCUGGAAACGGUUGACGACAAACAAAAUAUAGAUUCAGUGAGUGAACAUAACUUCCCACUGAGGUAAACAAAGCCCCGGAGAUGCCGGUAAAUGUGAAGACGAUAGCCGAGGAGCUGGAAACAUUCGACGUGACGGUUGAAGAUGACGGUUUGCUGGAUAAACUGGUGGAGUUGUGCGUCACGUACCGCUUGAAGGAGGAGACGAUAGUGAAUGAAUGGUUUGCGUUCAGUAGUACACGAUACGGGAUUCCCCUGACUGCAGACAAUCUGGACAUCUUUGAGCAUGAGAUACUUAACAAAAGGGUCAAUAAGACGUGUCCAGCAAAGCGAAACUACCGGGCACCAAUACAGGACCUGAACACUCUUGAAGACCUUGUCCAAGCAGAAGUGGAGGAAGAGGACCUGCUGGACUCCUACGCCACACCAGGAAGGGCGACUUCACAGAAGCGAGCACUGACCACCCCAGAAAACCGGCAAUCGAAGAAGGCGUCUGCUGCCCGCAGCCCUCGCGUCCUCUUCUCCCCGGCCUCCUUCUCUCCCAGUCCCACCCCAUCUCAGAAGUAUAGUUCCAGAACUAACCGCGGUGAAGUGGUCACCUCCUUUGGCGCAGUACAUGGGAAUAUGUGGCAUGGUGUGGGUGGCAAGAAUGCCAGUGUGCAGCUCCUAACUGCGCCUGAGGACUCGAUCACCAAAAGAUUUAAACACAUGUUCCAGAAGCUCUUUGACAUCCGAGAAGUUCUGAACAGCAGGAUUGAGGAUUUGACUCCGUCUUUGACAGAUCAUCAGCACAUCGAGGAAUUCAGGCCAGUGGCCGUACAAGCUCAGGAACCAGUAAAGUUUCUGGGGCAGAUUGCCUGUGACAGCAAUGGAAAACUUAAUGCAAAGUCAGUGAUAUUGCAGGGGGAUCUGGAACACUCGACAGGAAUGCAAGUGCCGGUGGAUCUGUCGGAGUUAAAGGAAUAUUCUCUCUUCCCUGGGCAGGUGGUGGUCCUGGAGGGAAUAAACAGCACUGGCCGCUGCAUCGUGGCUUCCCAGUUGUACGAGACUGUCCCGCUGCCUUUCUACAGACCUAACAGGGAAUUGGAGGAGGACUUGGAAGGACUGGAGCAGCAGAUGGUUCUUGUGGCCUGUGGACCAUACACCACCUCGGACAGCAUCACCUAUGACCCCAUGAUGGACCUUAUAGAUGUCAUCAACAAGGACCAACCAGACGUCUGUAUACUGUUGGGGCCGUUUGUGGACAGCAAGCACGAGCAGAUUGAGAACUGCCAGCUGACAGUGACAUUCCAGGAGGUUUUUAAGCAAUGUAUGAAGGGAAUUGUGGAAGGAACAAGGAGUUCAGGGGCUCACCUUGUGUUCGUGCCGUCGCUGAGGGAUGUUCAUCAUGACUUUGUGUACCCUCAGCCACCGUUCCACUGCUUCGAGCCGGCCAAAGACGAUAAAGGGCGAGUCCAUUUUGUCUCUGAUCCCUGCACACUGAAUAUCAACGGAGUAGUCUUCGGGGUGACGUCAACAGAUGUUCUCAUUCAUAUGAGCGCGGAGGAGAUUAACGGUUCUCUAGGCGGAUCAGACAGAUUUACAAGAAUCCUCAAGCACAUCCUGACUCAGAGAAGUUACUACCCUCUCUACCCGCCUGCAGAAGAGGUGAAUGUGGACUACGAUUGCUUCCAGCUGUACGUACAGCUCCCUGUUACUCCCGACGUUUUGAUUGUUCCCUCUGAGCUGCGUUACUUUGUCAAGGACGUCCUGGGCUGCAUCUGUGUCAACCCCGGGAGGUUGACCAAGGGUCAAGUUGGUGGGACCUACGGCCGCCUGUUUGUGCAGAAGCAGAGGAGCGGGGAGGCGGAGAGGCAGACCCCCUGCGUGGCUGCACAAGUGGUGAAAAUCUGAGCCCUCCCUCCAAAGUGCGUGGAUGUGUCUGGUGUCUGACCACGGAGGUGAAGAUGCCAAAGCUUCCAACGACGACUGGAUCCCCAGUGAGAUGUCUCUUGGUAGGAUCAGGCAUUCCGAUUUGUGAUUCCUCUGCUGGCCCCUUCCAGUGAGAUUUGACUCAGAAUCAAACAGAGUCUGACUUGCCCGAUACUUAUCGAAGCAAGAUUACAACAGCCGCUGCAGCAUUGUUUUUUUCUUCUUUGUUUUGUUUAUCUCCCCCUUCCCGCCCCAGCAGGAAGGGGGAGAUAAUUGGGACGGUGUGGUUUUUCCAUGUAAAUAAAAAAAUUUGAUUUACCUC